AUGAUAACAUGCGUUAGCUUACUUCUUUGGCAUAGGUAUUGCAUACCCUUGGACGAGGAUAGCAGGUCCUUUACCCAAGCAGAAAAGAAAUUUUUCUCGUGCGACACUGGUGGUGUCCCAGUUAUAGUAGUAUUCACAAAAUUCGAUGCCUUGUAUGACGUCGAAUAUGCACAACUGAGAAGCGAUGAAGGCUUAUCUUGGGAAGAUGCUCAAGAACUGGCCCCAAAGCGCGCCGAAGAGUCAUUUGCGAACGGGCCGCAAUUAAAGUUUCUAUACAAUGUCGAGGACAUCGGGUGGCCUCCCAAAUGCCAUGUAUGCCUCCCUAACAUGGACAAGGAUGGUGCAGACUGCGGGCCACUCAUCGAGCGCACAGCUGAAACCUUGGACGACGAAGCACUCAAGCAGCUGUUCAUCUCAACUCAGCAGACGAACUUGGAGCUCUGCAUGAAAUAUGCAGUCGAAGUGUAG